CCCUCCAAACGGGGCAGGACUCACCCCGCGCAGGCGCCUCUACUGGAACAGAGCAAAACCUCCAUGCAGUUUGACCCUUCCAAACCCAAACGUGCCAGUAGUUUCUGAAGUAAGCGGGGGUUUCAUUCAGUGACAGGUUAAGUUGCAGAAGUGCAGCUCCGGUGCGGGACGCUGCACUCUCGGGCUGCGGGAUGAGCCGCAGCGCGGAGGCGUGAGUCUGAUUCCCAGCAUGGAGGAGAAGUUCAGCAGGCUCGUGUUCAUCCCCGUGGCCGCGGUGCUGUUCCUCAUGAUCGGGUACCAGUACGUGUGUCCGGCGGACAGCGGCGGCUGCCCGUUCCGGGGGACCGGGGACCGGCUCCUGCGGCUGGAGGAGCAGCCGGACCCGGACCCCCCCUCCACCAUCACGGCCAGGUUCAACUUCUCGCAGCGGGACCUGGAGCGGCAGCUCCGCUUCGACAUCCGCGGCGAGGACGUGAUGGUGUUCCUGCACAUCCAGAAGACCGGCGGGACCACGUUCGGCCGCCACCUGGUGCGCAACAUCCAGCUGGAGCGGCCGUGCGAGUGCGCGGCGGGCCAGAGGAAGUGCAGCUGCCACCGGCCCGGCAGCGCCGAGUCCUGGCUCUUCUCCCGGUUCUCCACCGGCUGGAGCUGCGGGCUGCACGCCGACUGGACCGAGCUGAGCCGCUGCGUGCCCGCGCUCAUGAGCCGGCGGGGGAAGAAGAGCCCGCAGAGAGCAAGGAAUUUCUACUACAUCACGAUGCUCCGCGACCCCGUGUCGCGCUACCUCAGCGAGUGGAAGCACGUGCAGCGUGGGGCUACGUGGAAAACCGCCCUCCACAUGUGCGACGGCCGCCCCCCCACUCAGGACGAGCUCCCGUCCUGCUACAGCGGGGAGGACUGGACGGGCGUGCCGCUGGCGGACUUCAUGAACUGCCCGUCCAACCUGGCCAACAACCGGCAGGUGCGCAUGCUGGCGGACCUCAGCCUGGUGGGCUGCUACAACAUGUCCUCCAUGAGCGAGCUGGAGCGCGGCCGCGUGCUGCUCGCCAGCGCCAAGUCCAACCUGCGCAACAUGGCCUUCUACGGCCUGACGGAGUUCCAGCGCAAGACGCAGUACCUGUUCGAGAGGACAUUCGGCCUGCGCUUCAUCCGGGCCUUCACCCAGAUCAACAGCACGCGCGCCGCCAGCGUGGGCAUCAGCGAGAAGGUGCGCUGGCGCAUCGAGGGGCUCAACGCCCUCGACAUGGAGCUGUACGACUACGCCAAGGAGCUGUUCCUGCGGCGCUACCAGGACAACCGGCAGAGGCAGCACCAGGAGGAGCGGCUGAGGCGGCGGCAGGAGAGGCAGGAGAGGCAGCGGAUGCACAGGACGUACCUGGCGGAGCUGUGGGGGCUGGGGGGAGGAUGGGGGCCGGAGGACGAGGAGGACGAGGAGGAGGUGGAGGUGAAGGUGCUGGAGGAGGUAGCCACCACAGAGGACUACAGUAGCCAGGUGGUGCGGUGGUGAGGAGCUGCAGCCAGAACGCCCCCCCAUGCCCCCCCAGAGCUCCCGCCCUCGUAGCGCUUCGCUGGACUGCUGAACGGUGUCUUAAUAUUUAUGAUGGAUAUAUUUGUCAUGGCAACAUGAACAUUUGUAUGUUUUUCUUAUGGCUUCUUUUUGGCACUGCAGUUGUGAAAUGUAUUUAUUUAUGUAUUUAUUCAUUAGUAAGUGCUCUGAAUGUUUCAAAGCAGUCAAAUGUCCCUUAAACUCUGCUGAAUAUCAAAAAAACUGCUUGGUGAGUGAAGAAGACCUGACCUUAAAACGAUGACUGACUCCUGGUGAAGACUCCUUAGGCUCCUCACUGUCAUGUUUGUGAUCCAGCACUGUGUUGAUCAGUGAAAUCUUGUUGUGACUCUGUGGUGUUUGGCUUCCUACGAGUGUCAAAAGCACAAACUUGGCAAAAUGCAGUGUGUUUUCCUUCUUUUCUGACUGAUUAAGCUGCAACAUACCGCAUACAGAAACAGGAAAGGCAAUUUCUCAAAGGAAAUGUGCUCAAUAAAAAUAUGCAGCAGUCAAUUUGUUCCCGAAGGACUCUCUGGUUUCACGUGUGUAUACGUGCACGUGCUUCUUUUUCAAAGCAUGCCUGCACCAUAAAAACCUGCCAAACAGACACACUGAUGCUCCACGAUGAAGAAGAAGAGAGCACUGGUCUGAAAAAAACGAUUGUCAGAACCAGUUUGAGGACUCUUACAUCACAGUGACAGAACAUUGGCAUGUGUACCAUCAGGCCAUUGAUCACUGCGCGUUUGCUUCAGAAUUGAUCAUUUAAACUUCAAUCGACCACGAUUCUGCUACAGCAGAAAAAGCUGAAGAAGCUGAGAGCUUUUUCUCCCCAAUAGGAGAAACGUCCAGCUCCAUUUGGUCUGCGCUAGGAAAAACAAUCCGGUUUAACAAAUUUCCACAGACAACAGACCUUUGAGGAGUUAGUGUCUUCGACGAUCGCCUCAUGCCAAAAUCCUUGUUGCACAAACCGUUCACUUUCUGACAAGUUCCUUAAAGGAGAUGAGUUAAAUGUAACAUCCCAUUUAUGUGCAAGAAAAGGGUGAGUUGGAGUUGACGGACACCUAAAAACAAUGCACUAAGUAAGGGAUAAUGCCUGACAAAGUGUCCAUUAACAUAAAUAUAUGGACCACGCGGGGGCGUGAACAGUCCCACACAAAGCGGAGGACAGGUUGCCUCC